AUGAAGAAGGAAUCGACCGAGAAGGCCCCGACCCGGCCAGAAGUCUCCGAGGAGGCUGAAUGGUUGGCCAGUGAGCUUGAGAAGGAAGAUUCGCUUCAGGGUGUCGGCUUCAACCUGCUCGUGGAUCGAACUGGGCAGCUCUUAAAGGAGAAGCGGCAGGUCUCGCGCAAGGAUGUGGAGCUGAACCCGAGGGUGAUAGCUGCUGUGCUUCGUGGAAGCCGCAAGGGCCGCAAAAGGUACAGUGCGCAUCUGAUUGCAGAUGCAGUGCGCUUGUGGUACUUCACGAAGAAGCUUACGCCACGGGGAAUAAGUGUCAAUGCUCCCUCUGUACAAGACUGGUCUUUGAAGGCGACCAAGUUCAAGCGCCUCUCGCAGCGUGCAAGGAGUUCCCGCAACAAGGCGAUUAAGGAACUUAAGGAUGAGUUGAUUGACUACCUCCCCAAGCAGGAUGCUGGGUCUGGAGAUGAAAGCAGCGAUGAUGGGGAUGCUACGGAUGAAGGGUCCGAUGGGGAGGUCGAGGCCCUCGAGGCUUUGGGUGAGUGUGAAGCUGAUGUGAGAUCAGCUUCCUGCUGUCAGUUCCCCGAGCUCGGCUACCACAGCGGCUACUUCUACAAGAGCCUCGUGCAGAAGUACCGCAAGCUCUCAUUGGCUUCACCCACCUCAGUUGCAUCCAAGACCAUGGUUUUGGACGAUGGGGCUACUUCGGAGGUUUCAACUGCUGUCAGUUCCGGGGACAGUGCUGUCGGGACUGCAAAGACUGAGAAGCUUAAUGCAAUCUUCUUACGAUUGAAGCAGCAGAAAUUGAAGAAGCUCCCGGAGCAGAUGCAAAACACCUUUGUGGUGCCACCAGCGGUGCUCAGCAACAUCCAGGCCAUGUCGAAGGACUUGGCCCCCACGCCAUUCCUGCCGAGUUCGCAGUGGAAGGGAGAGUACGUGAGCGACUGUGAAGAUGCGGAUCCGGAAGAGUGUGAGCCGAUUCAGGAUGAGAAGCCUGAGGCAAAAACACCCAAGGCCAAAGGAAAGGCAAAGGCAAAGGCAAAGGCAAAGGCAAGGGCGGCAGGCCAGGAUGCUCCAGCUGCAAAGGUCAGGAUCGAGGUUGAUGCCCCCCAUGCUGAUUGCAAUUAUGUGCCCGGGGAGUUUCGCAAGAGGAAGAAAGCCUAUGUACAGGACUGCACCAAGUCAGGAUACCUGACCUAUUGGGAAGCCCUUCAGGCUUGGAACUUCAGUGACGAAAGGGCCCAGCUGCUACAAAACCUUUCCCCGAGUGAGCUCAGUCGCCGAAGGUUCGACUGA